AACAAAUAAUAGCAAAAAUAAUAGUUUCACACAGUUUAAUAUUAUCAGUGUAUUUCCCUAAAAUUAUAUUUCGCACUGAUUUUGUCAUAUACUUUUAUCGGUAUUACUUCUGGCAUCCCGCCUUUUCUGUCAAAAAUUCCUUCAACUCGCAUUGCUACCAACUUAAAAUGAGAGAUCAGGGAAUUCGGUUUGAGGAAAAAUGAGAGAGUUUCGUAUCAUGUCAUCUUUGUCGUAAGUCUACAUAAAAUGUUAUGCAAUAAUUCGCUUCGAACAUAACGGCAUUUUAACUCAACAUAAGUUUGUUUGGAUGCGUGCUCACAACGCAUUAUUGCGCACAUAAGCGAUCAGUUGAAAACAAGUCGUUGUGCUAAUAACUUUAAAAAUGGAAAGUGAUUUAUUGAAUAAUAUAAGCAAUGUAGAUUUCGAUAGUGAUGAUUCCAUUAUUGAUCCAAAUUUUAAUAUAAGUGGAUGUACUGCAGCAAGUUCCAGUUCCGAAAAUAAUGAUGAAAACUCUAUUAUAAGUGUUGCAAAUAAAGUGGAAACAGAAAAAUAUUCAAAGAAAGAUGCAAAAGAUUCCAGGAAUAAAGGGCAAAGUUACACCUCAAGCGCUGGUAAGGUCGUUCAGGCACGUGCAGUGCGCAGGUUGGAACCGUGCAGAAAGAAAUGCGUAGAUAGAAUCACUUUUGAAGAACAGCAAUAUAUACACACACAGUACUGGGAACUAGGCUCAUACAAUUUACGCAAAACAUUUGGUGGCUUAAUUGAAGUUGAAGAAACAAAAACAGUAAAAAAGGCUAAACAUGACUUAAAACCAAGGAUAAGACCUUAUACAAACAAUUAUUUCCUGGAAGUUGGUAGUAAUAAAAUCGCAGUAUGCAAAAAAUGCUUUACAUUCACAUUAUCCGAGACAGAACAAUCUAUAAAAACGGUUGUGAGUGCAAAACUUGAUGGGCGUGUAAUCGGCGAUGGACGUGGAAAACAUAAAUGCACUAAAAAACUUUCUAUCGCAAAAGAGAAUGAAAUUUUAGAUUUUAUUAAAAGCUUCACAUCGUAUGAGUCGCAUUAUACUCGAAGGGACACAUCAAAACGUUAUUUGCCAAGUGAUUUAUCUGUGAAUGAAAUGCAUCGUCUCUAUUGUGAAAAAUACGCUUACUCCGUUUCAAUUUCAAAAUUUUCGCAAUUGUUUAGCACACUCAACUUGAAAUUUAAAAAACCUAAAAUUAACACUUGUCAUAAGUGUGAUUUGCUCCAAUGCAAAAUACAAGUUGCUAAACCCGAAGAAUUGGACUCUUUACAACUAGAGCAAUCUAAACAUGUAAAUUUAGCAGAAAAAGCUUAUGAUGCUAAAAAAAAUGAUAAGCAGAGAGCUUUAGCUGAUGCUACACUUAAAGUGUUGUGUUUUGACCUACAGCAGUGUCUUCCUACACCAUUAUUAAGAACCUCACUUUCUUUUUACAAAAGGCCUUUGUGGACUUUUAAUCUUACUAUGCAUGAUUGUGCAAGUAAUCAGGCCUCAUGCUACAUGUGGCAUGAAGCAAUAGCAAAAAGAGGGGGUAAUGAAAUAGCAUCGUGCGUGUUUGAUCAUUUAAUAACAUUAAAUACCAAUGCAAAGCACGUUGUUUUAUACAGUGAUUCAUGUCCAGGACAAAAUAAAAAUUCAUUCAUUGCAACUAUGUUUGCAAUUUUUAUGCAAUUUAAAAAUAAUGUAGACAUUAUAGAUGUGAUAGCGACCAUGCUUUGAUAGAAAAAACGAAAAAACUAACUUCAACCAAAAUUCACCAUCCCCGUGAUUGGUACCAGUUUAUCAGAACAAUUGGCGUAACAAAAAAAUUUGUUGUUAAUGAAAUGGCAUAGUCUAACAUAUAUGACUUUGCACAUGCAUCAAAGAAUUUAUUUACAUGGAGAAAAGUAGAUGACAGUGGUGAAAAAUAUAGCUGGAUCGACAUUAAAUGGCUAAGAUAUACCAAAGAAACUGGAAAUGUUUAUUUUAAAAAAUCCUUAAAUGAAGAAGAACCUUUUAAAUUGAUAAACAUAUCUAAACGAGGAAUAAACUGCGUGAGAAUGACAGUUUUAAAAAUAUGCUACGGCGCACCUUUAAAAAUUGGCACAAAAAAAAACAAGAUCUUUUAGAUAUGUUACCUCUUGUGGAUGAAGUGUAUAAGCCAUUUUAUAUAAACUUAGCAUCAGAAGAACAGUUAGAUUGUCAUCCAGAUCUUACAGAAGCUGAUGAAACUAAUGAAUAAUUAAUACUUUAAUUUGCUUUGAAACCAGAUUUUUUGUACUAUGAGUUGAACUUAUUAAUAUGAUUUAAGAAACAAUACAUGAAGCUGUAUAUUUUUAUGUUGUUAUGAAUAAAUUUCUUGUUUUAAAAAUAAACAAAUACAAAAAUCUUAUAUCGAAUGAGUUAUUUGUUUCAGUUUUAGCAAAAGCUCUUAUGUCAACUUAAGUAUUAUCCAACUGAAGUAUUCAUUUUGACAAAAUAUCUUAAGUCAAAUUAAGAUUUGAUUUUUCUUAACUUUUCGUAUUUUAAAAUAUCUUAUGUACAAAACAACGAAUAAAACAUACUUCUUACUAAAAUUUUUUUCAAAAUCGGCAUAUAAUGUCUUAAGAAUAGUUUUGCUUUAUCCUUGAUUAAAAAUAACUCAUUAAAUUUCAACACAAUAGAUUUUAGAGGAAAUCGCCAAUAUCUCAAAACUCAAUUUUAAGACUUAAGAUGUUAUGGUAAAAGGACACAGAUAUAUAGCUGCAGCUGACUUAUAGUUUUCGAGAUAUUCGCACUUGUAUUUGAAAAAGUGCAAUUUUUAUCUUGAAUUUUCACAAUAUAUACUGAAUAUUUUAUUAAUAUUAUGCACUUAUUGGCAUUAAUCGCGAUUACUAUGGCGCCGCGAUCUGAUUACACCGUUGCAAAGAGGACGUCCUCCCGAUUCAAAAAUAUAUGGGGUAAUAGGUACCGCAGACGCCUAGUUUUCGAGAUAUUCCGCUUUAAAGAUAAAAAAUCAAAAUUUUCAACUAGCUAUUUCACACAAUUUAAUACACUUAAACACAUUUUACGCACUUUUUUCACCUCAUAUACAUAUAUUAAAUAAAACUGUAGGCGUUGCAUUAAAUGUACAUUUUACUUUUAUUAUAUAAUUUUAAAGUCAGAGUCAUAAAUUCCUUUGCUAACACUUGUAUUGGCUUGACCAGAAAGGAGUUCUACGCGAAAAAACUUCGAACACACCUGUUUUUGGCUCGACCAGGGUAAUUUUAUUGAAGAGCGGCCGAAGGCCGCCAUUGCAGGAAGGAGUUCUACUAAAACUUUAAGACACCCCGGUUUUGGCUCGACCAGGGUCGAAGGCCGCGUUUUAAAAAAAUAACCCUGGUCGAGCCAAACCCGGAGUGUCUAAAGUUGUUUUCGCGUAGAACUCCUUUCUGUACUGGUGGCCUUCGGCCGCGCUUUAAAAAAUAACCCUGAUCGAGCCAAAACCGGGGUGUCCAAAGUUUUUUUCGCGUAGAACUCUAUCAUCUAACAUGUGGCAACGCUCGUUUUCCACAUAAUUGUAAACACAGAAACCUUUUCAGCUAUUAGUGUGCUAAGUAAAUUUUAAAAUAAGUAAUUUUUCCAUAAAAAAUCUUAAAUAAAUCUAUAUUUUGAAUUAAAUUGAAUGUUAAUAGUUUAAUUUUCAAUAUGUGAAGUGAAAAUUGUGAAAAAAUAGUGUUACACUGUGUGAAAUUCCAUGUGUUACUUAUAGAAAAAAAUGGCCUUUUAAACAUGAAUAUUUUAAAAACUAUAAGUCCAAUCAAGAAUAUGUAUAUAUAUUCCUGCUCUGGAGAGCCUCCUCUUAUACGGAGUUGUCAAACCCCGACCGCCAUAGUAAUCGGAAUCGUGCCCACUUAUUUUACACAUUUCACCACUUUGUUUCUGCAUAUUUAUUUGGGUCGGCUUUAGUAUACUAUCCCAGGCUUUAAUUAUAUAUAUUAAUCGUAAUAUCGUAAUCUGGAGAUCCUCCUCUAUCCGACCAUAUUCAUUUUAACCCCGAAAUCGGGGGACGGUAUACUAAAGUUUUCCCAUUUAUUUCAUAAAAAUUAUAACGAAAAUAGCUGUAAAUAAAUUUUUAACAUUUUACACAAAUCUUCGUUUAAAAAAUAGUGUUGCCACAUCAAAUAUUUUGCAAAAAUUAAAAGAAUAAAAAUAAAAUAAACCAUAAAAUAAUGGUGUUAUGACUAAUGCAAAAUCUUUCGGUAUUACCUUUUCUUUGAUAACCCCCGGUGAUGGCCCGAUCAGGGUUAUUUUUUUAAAGCGCGGCAGAAGGCCGCCAAUGCAGGGAGUAUUUCUUAGCGAAAGAACUUUACAUUUCACCCUCUUUGAUAACUCCCGGUUUUGGCUCGACCAGGGUUAUUUUUUUGAAACGCGGCCGAAGGCACCAACGCGGAAAGUAUUUCUACACGAAAGAACUUUUCAUUUCCCUUACUUAUAGUAUAUAGAGUUAAUAUCAUAAACUUUGUUUAUAUUAUCUUUAUACAAUCUUUUUAAUGGGCAUUUGUUUUCUGCAUUGGGGUAUUUGUUUAUUUUGAUUCUUCUCAUUCGUUUGCAAAAUAUCUGAUAUGGCAACACUUAUUACUUGUCAAGCCGCAACCCUUUUUGUUAAUGUUGAAAUUAAGAUAUUUGUGUAAAAUGUUAAAUAUUUAUUUACAGCUAUUUUCGUCAUAAUUUUUAUAAAAUAAAUGGGAAAACUUUAGUAUACCGUCCCACGAUUUCGGGGUUAAAAUGAAUAUGUGCAGAUAGAGGAGGAUCUCCAGAUAACGAAUAUAUAUAAUUAUUACCGCCGCAAACUUAUAGUUUCUGAGAUAUUUGCAAUUAAAAAUUUAAAAUUAACAAUUUUCAACACGUUAUUUCUCACUGUAUAUCGAAUUUUAUUCAUAUAUUUUGCACUUUAAAUAUAUUUACGCUUCAAUAAUUUGUUUUUACAUAUUAAUUUUUAACAAAUUAUAUCAAAAUUUGCUGUAAAUAAACAUUUAACUUUUUGCACAAUUCUGUUUAUUUGUACAAUAACAAAAGGGUUGCAAGAUGACAGAACAUAAGUGUUGCCACAUGCAAUUGAAUAAAAAUAAUCAAAAUGAGUAAAAUCCCCAAAAUGAAGAAAACAAAUACCCUAUAAAUAGUUAUUAAGUAAACACCCCCCAACAUCGGGGAUUAUCAAAGAGGUGGAAAUGACUAGUUCUUCCGCGCUUCAAAAAAAUAACCCUGGUCGAGCCAACACCGGGGAUUAUCAAAGUGGUGGAAUAACAAGUUCUUCCGCGUAGAACUACUUUGCUCAUUAUAUUUGGGAUAUAAUCUUUCUUUUUAUUGUGAUUCUUAUAAUUCGUUUACAAAAUAUGUGAUAUAGUAACACUUAUUUUGUGUCAGAAUGCAGCCCUUUUUUUAUUGUAAAAAUGAAGAGAAUUGUGCAAAAACUUAAAUGUUUAUUUACAGCAAAUUUUGAUAUAAUUUGUUAAAAAUAAAUAUGUAAAAACAAAUUGGUUAGCGUAAAUAUAUUUUAAGUGCAAAAUAUAUGUGGAAAAUUCAAUAUACAGUGAGAAAUAACGUGUUGAAAAUUGUUAAUUUUAAAUCUUUAAUUACAAAUAUCUCAGAAACUAUAAGUUUGCGGCGGUAAUAAUUAUAUAUAUUCGUUAUCUGGAGAUCCUCCUCUAUCUGCACAUAUUCAUUUUAACCCCGAAAUCGUGGGACGGUAUACUAAAGCCGACCCCAAUUUUCUCACGUUUUUCACUUAACAUAUUGAAAAUUACACUUAACAUUGAAUUAAAUAUAUUAAAAUUUUACAUUUAUUUAAGGUUUUUAAACAGAAAUUAGUUAUAAAAAUCGCAUAUCGCACUACCCUGCAAGUCAGGUACCGGCAAAUUCUUCGGUGAAAAACCAGGGAGCGGAACUAGCAGUUUUGGGAAAUUUUAGUAUAGUAUCCCCCGAUUUCAGGGUUGAAAUAGGUAUGGUUGGAAGGAGGAGGAAUAGAGAUUAUCUGUCAACUUUAUGGUUGUUGUGCAUAUAAAAAGUGCAAAAAUUGAAAUGCUUAUAUAAAGCAAAUAUUAAACUAAUUGAUAUAAAAUAAAUAUGUGGAAACAAUUUAGUGAAUUGUUAGUGUAUAAUAAGAGAAUUAUAUAAAUUAAAAAUUAACUAAUAAUCGAAAAAUCGCAACAUAAAAUAUGUGAAAUUUUCAAUUAUAUAUAUUCGUAAUCUGGAGAUCGAACUCCUCUUUCCAACCAUAACUAUUUCAACCCUGAAAUCGGGGGAUACUAUACCAAAGCCGAUCCGCAGUUUCUAUGAAAGUUCCAAUGCGAUUCUUAAGGGCUAAUUAACAAAAUUACCCGAAACUCUUGCGUACGUGUGAUCUCUCUUUCUUGCACAAUACAUUCAUCAUUUAGCAAUGUCUUGGUACAAUCACGGAUGAUUGCAACUAUUCCAGCUUUUUCGGGUAGUUAUACCAAAUCCCAAAUGCGAAUUUUAUAACAAAAUCAUUAAUUAUAUUUCAUAAUACCUUUAUUGAAAAUAGCAUGUAAUUUAGCUGUUUAUUAUUAUACAGUUGAACUUCCAUAACUCGAAGUUCUCCUUAACUUGAACUCUUUAACCCAAAUUAACCCACGAUUACCAUAUGGUAACGCAAAAUUUAUCCCUAUAAUUUCAUAAAUAACUUGAAAAUUUCUCAAACUACGCUGGUUUUUCACAUUUCCUGAAAAUUUAUAUAUUGAAUAUAAUUAAUCGCAAAAUCGAAUUCAUUUUCGUGUUCAGGCGUUCAAAAUACAUAUGUGUAUUUCAUUUCAGAAGACUCUGAAACGUAAAAAGUUCUGGGCAGUACCGGGUUAAUUGGCAAUAGAAGUCAAAUUUCAUACAGAUUACCUUCCGUAACUCGGAAGUCUCUCUAACUCGAAGUAUUUUGUGCAUUAUGGUGAUUCGAGUUAGGGAAGUUCAACUGUAUUUACUUUAUACAUGUAUUAUCGUACUACACUAUAUACAUAUGUAUUAAACUGCUGCACAAGUGCACAUGAAAUCACCAAAGUAAUGUGCGAUCUAUUUUUACAAUAUGUAUGUAUGUAAUCGGCAGUCAUGCUAUGAUUGCGAAUUGAUUAUCAACGAUUAGUAGUUUUGUUUACUUUUUAUUUUAUUAUAUUUUAUUUAUUUAUAUUAUUUUUUUCCUGAUAUUUAUGAUUUAAAAAAAAAAUUAAAAUAUUUAAGUGCAAAGAAA